ACUCUCUCUCUCUCUCUCUCUCUCUCUCUCUCUCACAGAAGGUAGUGUUAUAUCAUCAUUGUGGAAUGUGGCUUUACUCAUUUGUUUAUGUCUCUAAGCUAUAAGACCCCUCGUAGUUUCUGUAACUUCAGGAGUCUCUAAGGAGUCGUCGUCCUCACAAGAAUUUUACUCGGUAACCAAGGUAGACUUGCUGCAGUAUUUACCUUUCAGCUACUGAAGAAAGUGGUCAUGGAGAUAGACAGUGGUGAUGCAAAGCCAAAGAUGGAUGACUACGAAGUGAUAGAGCAGAUAGGAAGAGGAGCAUUCGGAGCUGCUUUUCUUGUUCUCCAUAAGCUUGAGAAAAAGAAGUAUGUGCUGAAGAAGAUUCGCUUGGCUAAGCAAACAGAGAAGUUCAAACGUACAGCACACCAGGAGAUGAAUUUAAUUGCAAAACUAAAUAACCCAUAUAUUGUGGAUUACAAAGAUGCUUGGGUAGACAAGGGAGACUGCAUAUGCAUUGUAACUGGCUAUUGUGAAGGAGGAGACAUGGCUGAAAUUAUAAAAAAAGCUAGAGGAACACAUUUUCCAGAGGAGAAGCUCUGCAAAUGGCUGGCUCAAUUGUUGCUAGCUGUGGACUAUCUCCACUCCAAUCGUGUACUUCACAGAGAUCUUAAGUGUUCCAACAUAUUCCUUACGAAGGAGAAUGACAUCCGGCUUGGUGACUUUGGACUUGCAAAACUGCUCAACUCAGAAGACCUUGCUUCCUCGGUCGUUGGAACUCCCAACUACAUGUGUCCUGAGCUCCUUGCAGACAUUCCUUAUGGUUACAAAUCUGAUAUAUGGUCGCUUGGCUGCUGUAUGUUUGAAAUUGCUGCCCAUCAACCAGCAUUUAGAGCGCCUGACAUGGCUGCACUCAUCAAUAAAAUAAACAGAUCCUCCAUUUCUCCACUGCCAAUUGUAUAUUCCUCCACACUGAAACAAAUUAUCAAGAGCAUGCUGCGGAAGAACCCAGAAAACAGACCAACUGCAGCAGAACUUUUGAGGCAUCCACAUUUACAACCAUAUCUCCUCCGCUGCCGAAAUCCGUCUUCUGUUUUUUUACCAAUCUAUCCCAUAAACAAUUCCAAGGAGAAGGGAACAAGAAAAUCAUUAUCUAACAGACCUAGCAAUGGGAAAGACAACAAAGACAAAGAGCAUGGAGUACUAGACCAGCUUGAAGGUAUUCAUCCAUCUGAGAGAAAUGCUGAUUUACAGUUGAUCAAAUUGCCUAACAGCGACGAGCCAACGCUGACAGCUAGUGCAGAAGACAACCUUGAGACCAAGAAGGUUGAUCCUACUAGCUAUACGGUUGAAAUGUCUAAUGCCAUCAAUGGUUCAAGAGAUGGGCCAACUGAUUCUGAAGCAACUGUUUGCAAUGGAGACAAGCAAGCAGAUUUUACAAAUUCACCUGAAAAGGAAAGCACCAACAUCGAGAUUACUUUGGAGAGUACACUGAAUUCUCAGAAUGAGGAACGGGAACACACCGCUGAACAUUUUAACCAAUUGCAAGUUGGUGUCAGGACUGUGACCACAAAAGAUGAAGAAGCAUUUUGCAAUCAAGUUCACAACGAAGCUGAAGUAGAUGGCAAGCGUGCUAAACCUGGGAGAGUUUGCAACCAACUUCAAGAAGAAGCGGAAGCGGAGAGCAAGCUUGCUAAAUCAGGGAACCAAGUUCUUGAUGAAGAUAAAGCAGAGGGUGAGGGGGCUAAACCAGUGGAUAGUGGGACAUUGACAAUGUCCAGUGCAGGAUGCACCAAUAAGGAUGGGUCCCUUGAUGAUGAAAGUUCAUCAUCAGCCGAGCAAACCGUUGAAAAUAAAGCUGAUGUAGAAUCCAGAGCUAUACAAAAAGAGGGAAGUCCUGAUGCAUUCACAGAAGGGUCUCGCAUGGAUUAUGCAUUGGCUGAAGGUAAUGAUACGCUGCCAUGUAAAGAUGAAGUCAGAGCAAAAACAGAUGACUUUAGCUGCUCUAUGCAGACAGAGAAAGAUGCUCAUGCAAAUAAUCAGGCACCUAGUGACAUCUCUUUACUGAGUACACUUACCACAAUCAAUGGUGAUGAAACAAAAAGUGAGUGGGACAACCAAAGCCAGCAAAGAGCCGAUGCUCUGGAGUCUCUGCUUGAGCUAUGUGCUCAGCUGCUUAAGCAGGACAAACUUGAAGAGCUUUCUGGUGUGCUAAGACCAUUUGGAGAAGAUGCUGUCUCAUCUAGAGAAACAGCAAUUUGGUUGACAAAGAGUCUCAUGUCUGCACAGAAAUUUAAUGGAGGAACCUAAUUUUUGAGAGAUGUUUGGCAUUAACUUAUUCUUCAUUAUGAGAAUAUGCCAUUGAAUGUGUUAAAAUAAUAAUGUAUAUGAAGAUUAGAGGCUUGGGAUUUGGAAAUAACAUAUAGCACAGAUUUUUAACUUA